ACGAAACGAUACUAUCGAAAAUCAAUUCGUUCAUCACAAUAUGUUUUUGUGUGAAGAAAUUCAGAUUUAAAUUUUUAAUGGCAAAAUAUCUUACACGACAACGUAAACAAAUUCUUGAUUCGAUUCUUCGUGUUGAUCAUAGCGGAGAAUUAGCUGCCGAUCGUAUUCAUUAUGGUCUUAUGUAUGUAUUUCGAAAUGAUCAGCAAUUCCAGCCAAUUAUUCAUCAUUUAUGGGAACAAGAAAAACGACAUUUACAAUAUUUUUCUAAACAAUUGGUACUAAAUCGAUCACGUAAAAGUUUUCUAACACCAGUUUGGGAAACAUUAAGUUUUGGACUUGGUCUAACAAGCGGUAUGCUUGGAAAACGUGCAGCAAUGGCAUGUACGGUUGCUGUUGAACGUACAAUAACCGAACAUUAUGAUAGUCAAAUUCGACAAUUACUUAAAGAUGAUGUCAGGAUACAUCAAGAUUUAAUUGAAAAUCUAAGUCAAAUACGUGAUGAAGAACAAGAACAUCAUGAUAUUGGCCAGGCAAAUGAUGCGACAAAAAUGCCCGCAUACGGUCUUUUUGAUACAAUCAUUUCGAAUGGUUGUAAAGUUGCCAUACAAAUAGCCAAAAGAAUUUAGAACGAUAAUCAAAAAA